UCUCUCUUCUUUCUCUUUAAUUUGAAGUUCUUCUCCCACUCGGAACGCGCACUCGUGCCUGCUCUUAUUAAUUAUUACAGUGUCUCCUCAUACAAAGGCCGCGGGGUCGUCUACCAACUUCGCUCCUUUCUUUUUCGUUGUCUCUCUUCACCCAAUCUCCUGCGUUUCGUUUCAUAUUCUCUCUGCAAUGGCCUUUUGAUCAAGUCAUCAUUUUAGAUCUGUUGCUGGUUUGGUCGGAAUUACUGUGCAUUUUUGGCUACAAGGCCUGGUGGUUGCCUGUACUGGCAUGGCUUCUAGCAAUCCAUUCUUUGAUGAUAUACAAAGCAAAUCUGAUGUUGAUCCUCCUUCAAAUGAAGAGCCAAUGGAUAUCAUUGAGCUUGUGAAUGAUCCUGCACAAACUGCACUAAAAUCUAAUGUGGCUGUUACAAGCAGUGUUCAUGAACUUUUAGAGUGUCCCGUGUGUUUGAAUGCAAUGUACCCUCCAAUCCACCAGUGUUCAAAUGGCCAUACUUUGUGUUCAGGUUGCAAACCCAGGGUCCACAACCGGUGUCCUACCUGUAGACAUGAGCUCGGCAAUAUUAGAUGCUUGGCAUUGGAGAAGGUGGCUGCAUCUUUGGAACUUCCCUGUAAAUACCAGGCCUUUGGGUGCAUGGGCAUAUAUCCUUAUUACUGCAAGCUGAAGCAUGAAUCUCAAUGUGCAUAUAGACCAUAUAACUGUCCAUAUGCUGGUUCAGAAUGCAGUGUCAUUGGUGAUAUUCCUUUUCUGGUGGCCCAUUUGAAAGAUGAUCACAAAGUGGACAUGCAUAAUGGGAGCACUUUUAAUCAUCGUUAUGUCAAAUCAAACCCACAAGAAGUUGAAAACGCCACGUGGAUGCUUACGGUCUUCAGUUGCUUUGGUCAAUAUUUUUGUCUACACUUCGAAGCUUUUCAGCUGGGGAUGGCUCCAGUCUACAUAGCCUUCUUGCGAUUUAUGGGUGAUGAUAAUGAUGCAAAGAACUAUAGCUACAGUCUCGAGGUUGGUGGUAAUGGGAGGAAGAUGACAUGGCAGGGCGUGCCUAGAAGCAUCAGGGACAGCCACCGCAAAGUUCGUGACAGUUUUGACGGGCUUAUCAUCCAAAGGAACAUGGCCCUCUUCUUUUCCGGGGGAGACAGGAAGGAAUUGAAGCUAAGAGUUACGGGGAGAAUUUGGAAAGAACAGUGAUUGGGAUAUGGGUAUUCUUUAUGUUGCUAGCAGAUCAAAGAUAGUUUGUAGUGCAGCCUAUUUCUCGUAGUAAGUGGUAUGAAUGAAUGUUCUGCUCAUGUACUGUCUUUUUUGGGUAAGUUAGGAGGCGAGGCAAAGACUCUUUGCUUUUCCUUUUGUCAAAUACAUGAACAGGAUAGUGUCUGUAAUAUGGAUCUCAUUAUGAUGAUAUUCAUGAAUAGAGACGUAGAUUUUUAGCUUGCUU